UGAUCAGCGCGCAGAGGAACACAAGAGAGCAAAGGACGACUUGCACCUUCUCCACUUUACGCAGCCAAAUGCAGCACUCUCCGAGCCCUUCAUCGCCUUGUGCUUGGAGUUUCCCUUUAAUGGGGCGACGUUGAACUCUUACAAUUGUUGGGCAGCUUUUCAGAGAGACGUUUGGAGCAGCGCUGAUGUGAAAAAUAAGGAGACAUGUCAGCCGCUCAAGGACUCCUCAACAGCGUCUUCUCGUGCUCAUCUCCUGCCUCCAAAGCCAUAACCAAACGGAGGCUACGCCAAACUCGCAGCUUGGACCCUGCUAUCAUAAGACAUUGUGGCACCGGGACCGAUGGAGUGAGCGGCGCAGGGUUUUCCGCAGCAGCGGCGGUGGACGCAGGUGCGUCUCCGGAGCGCUUGGCUGUGAAACCGGCUUUACGCACGAAGAUUCCGACACUAAAGGAACCCAUAACUCCCUCUAUCUCUUCUCCUUCCAUUCCUUUGGAUGUUUCUCCAUCCUCCAACUUCCACUUUGACUAUGACAUCGUGAAGCGUGCCAAAAGGAAUACCGCCGGGGAUUUACCGUUUAUGGUGAGGGGAGCCAGCGCAGCGUCGUCCGGGAGCACCGGCACGCUCUUCUCUCCACGGAGAUGGCUCCAGAGGAAAGUGCAACCGUCCAGCUCUCACGCUUACGUUGUGUGGAAAUCAGAGGGUGACUUCACCUGGAGCAGCCUGUCGGGGCGGAGCGUCCGUCUGAUGCCAGUUGCCAUCCAGAGCCUGUCGGAGCUGGAGAGGGCCAGGCUUCAAGAAGUAGCCUACACCCGUUUACACCAAGACUACGAUCUGGGAUGCCAGAUAACCAUGCCAAAAGAUGGACAGAAGAGGAAAAAGUCACUGAGGAGGAAGUUGGACUCUCUAGCAAAAGAGAAGAGUAAAGACAAAGAAUGCAUACCGCAGGCCUUCAGCAUAGCCCUCUCCCAGGUCAUCGCUAAUGACAGGACACACAGGCAGCGUCAGGAUGGUUAUCGUCAGGACCCUCCACAGCGGGAGGAGCACAAAGACUCCUCUGACCUCGUCUCGUCCAUUUUACAGUUUGCCACCAAGCGGCCGUCCAACAAGGAGUUAUCCAGCAGCAACUCCUCGCUGAGCUCCACAUCGGAGACGGCCAACGAGUCGACAUCACCCAACACCCCUGAAGCUGCACCGCGAGCACGCAGGAGGGGAGGCAUGUCGGUGGACUCUAUCACAGACCUGGACGACAACCAGUCCCGGCUGCUGGAGGCGCUGCAGCUCUCCCUGCCGGCCGAAACGCCGAGCAAGAAGGAGAAGCACAGGGACAAGAGGCUGAGCCUCAAUCCCAUUUACCGUCAGGUGCCCCGGGUGGUCGACAGCUGCUGUCAGCACAUCGAGAAAUAUGGUUUGCAGACUGUGGGGAUCUUUAGAGUGGGAAGCUCCAAGAAGAGAGUCCGACAACUACGGGAGGAGUUUGAUCGCGGUAUCGAUGUCCAGCUGGACGAAGAGCACAGCGUUCAUGAUGUAGCUGCUCUGCUCAAGGAGUUCCUCAGGGACAUGCCCGACCCUCUUCUCACCAAGGAGCUCUACACGGCCUUCAUUAACACCACAUUGUUGGACUCCGACGAGCAGCAGAGCGUCACUCAGCUUCUGGUCUACCUGCUCCCAGCAUGCAACAGCGACACUCUGCACCGCCUCCUGGAGUUCCUGUCCACCGUGGCCGACCAUGCCCACGACCAGCAGGACAAAGACGGGCAGGAGAUCACAGGGAACAAGAUGACGUCUCUAAACCUCGCCACUAUCUUCGGCCCCAACCUGCUCCACAAACAGAAGAGCUCCGACAAGGAGUUCAGCGUCCAGAGCUCAGCCCGGGCCGAGGAGAGCACCGCUGUCAUCGCCGUGCUGCAGAGGAUGAUCGCCAGCUACCACACGCUCUUCAUGGUGCCUCCUGAUUUGCAAAAUGAGGUUCUGAUGAGCCUUUUGGAAACUGAUCCAGAUGUAGUGGACUACCUUCUGAGAAGAAAAGCAUCCCAGAGUCCCGACCUGCUGCAGGCAGAGGAGACCUUCAACCUCAGCGAGCGACGGUCGUCCAGCGACUCCAACAAGGCGUCCAGCGGAGAAGUUUCGCCUUACGACAACAACUCCCCGGUGCUGAGCGAGAGGCGAGGGGAAACGGGGAGCCCGGCGAGCGAACAGCUCUUCCGGGUCCCGGAGCAGUACUCUCUGGUGGGGCAGGUGGCCGGCUGGAGCAGAGAGCCAGGAGCUGACACCUGGGGCUCCAAAGAGGAGCACGCUAACAUUUGGGGCACAUGGCACAGUACCCUGAAACCGGCGCUCAAGAGCCAAACAUAUACAGGUUCCCAUGGCAACAUGUCAGAAGGAAGCUCCCGCAGCUCACAGGAAGGUCUUGACGGACUCCAUGGCGACAGCAGGCAGCAGACAAUGGUACAACGGACUCAGACGGAGUGCAGGCCCCACCCGCCGGUCACCCGAGUGUGCACCAGCCCUCACGUGGGGCGACCGCGCCUGCAGCUAAACAUCAACCCCUCGGUGACGUCGCACCUCAACAGCACGCAGGGCCUCCAGCGAGGUCACUCCAGACCUCAAGGCGGGGUGAACACUAUCGAAGGCGGGCCCCCUCCCCCUUACAACGCCCAUCACCGACUGGCCGGCUCGCAGAGCUCGCCUCAGCUCGCGACGGUCCCGCAGCCCCACCUGCAGCACGGGAAGCCGAGCGCCACGCAGAGUAACUCGACAACAGAGGCCCAAAUGGUGCCGCAGAGUCCGGAGUGGCAGGAGUGGCAGAGGGACCGCUGGCAGAUCUGGCAGCUGCUGUCCUCGGACAAUGCCGACACACUUCCCGAAACGCUGGUGUGAUCGCAGAACUCUCAGCUUAUAUGCCUCUUCAUCCGUGGAUCUGCACCCUUUCCACGAAAACCCUCCCUGCAUCUUUAAAGCGCCGUGGCGUUUGUUGUUUACGUGUGCAGCUGCUGCCUCAUACAGACUUUUACAUCCAAGAGCCACUAGUAUUUCUUGUUUUGUACGGAUGUUGCUUCUUUUUCUCGGCCCUUUUGUUCAUCAUAACGUCUUGGAGCAUUUACAAAAAAUAAAAAUAAAAAUAAAUGCCCACCAGAAAUACCUCAAAAAAAAUGAUCCUUUCAGAAUGUUGCCGCAUUUUCUAUUCUGAGUUUAGUCUUCAUAUCUCAAUGGAGAAUGGUAGGAAAACACUCGUUAGAAUUUCAUUUUCACCACACAGACACUAAGAUGUACGCAUUAGUAAUUGCUGCUAAAUGUUUUUGGUUUUUUUUUGUGCAUACUAUUAAUGUAAUUCAGCCACAUCUUUCGACAAAUGUUGAAUUACCUUUCAAUGACGAUUACAUUUGACUGUACAUAUAUAUAUGUGUAUACACAAAUUGUUGACAAACAUACCUAAACAAUAUAUGUAAAUUGAUAUGUAAAGUAUAUAAUUUGCCUCUAAGUAUCUACCUAAAAGUAAGUCAGCCCCUUAACUGGCAGUCUAGAUGUUGGUGUUUGUCAGACUGCUGCUUUUUGUCUUUAAUAUUGAAUGUAAAAUGCUUCACUUAUGGCAAAAAAAAACCAAACGCUUAAUUAUAAAGCACUCAGCUGUAAGUUUGCUUACACUUCAUGUGCUCUUGCCACCUGCUGCAGUGCAGGAACAUUGUGCCAAAGUCUUUUUUUAUUUUUAAUUUUCACUCCAGGAUAUUGGUCGUGCUGUUGUGUAUAUGCCAUCCAUUUAUAUUUUGCUGAACAAAACACACAAGAGCUAGGACACUGGCAGGUUUUUGUCAAGAAUUUCAGCACACUAGGUUAGAAGAGUAGUAAGGCUCGUGUUGACACAUGAAAAUAAUUCCGACUGUUUUUUAAAAAAAUGAGAAGCUCCAAUAUGAAGAGCCCAUAUUAUGCUUUUUGGGUGUUUAGUUUGUUAUUUUGCAAACUUAAAAAAGCCCCAAAUCCACACUGAAAGGAAUAAAUCUUAGAAACACUGCUCCUUUCCUGCCCUCAUUUUCAGGAUUUUAAUCCGUUACUUAUCGAUGUCAUCAUGUAACUCAUUUGCAUAUCACCUGCCCAGCAGCUAGCUAUGCAAACGAACAAAGUAUGAGCAACUUUCUCGCAAAACUUCCUAAUUCGAGCCAUUUCUGCGAAGGCUUCGUCUCUCUCCGCUACUCAAAAACUCUGGUAUUAUGAUAUGUAGCCUUGCUAUUGUCGAGCCAGCUGACCAAUCAGAGCAGGUUGAGGCCUUAAAGAGGCGGGAGCUAAAACUGAGCGUAUCAGAUCGAAGGUAAAAAGUUGUACUGCAGCGACGCACAUACGAGCAAAAAUUGGGUUUUUUUGAACAUUAAAGACGACAAAUAUUUUCUACAUAAAAUUCUGAACGUGCAUAAUAUGAGCUCUUUAAAUGGUUAGUUUGUAUACAUGCCAGAACCGCCGUUAAGGCUGGAUAUUAGAUAGACAUGGCGAACAGUAGGUUCACAUAAUUCUUAGCCUUUGGAAACAUUUUUAAAGGCUGAUAAUUAUUUGAAGGUAUUACUGAAUCUAAAUUUCUACUGGAAGUAUUAAUGUUGCUAAGAUCAUAACCUGAUCAGCUUUAGAGUCACUGACCAUGGUGCAUGUUAACACCAUACACACAGUAUGAUGAUAUUCACAGCAACACAUUAGUAUGAAAGACUGAAUAUACCAACUAGGUAUGGACUUGGGAAUGAAAAUGUGCUUCUUAAAAAUUCAUAGAAAUGUCACAAUUCGUUAGCGGUCCAACUGAGGUGCUAAAGAAAAGAAAGUUUUCAUGUGGUUUUUUUUCCCCCUCUCACUUCAAAGUCUAAGUGGCAUAGCUGAUGCAGGUGGAAAUGAACUUUCUGAAUAUUUGAAUAAUCUCCACCCACGACCAACCUGUCCACUUCCCCUCACAUGUCACAGUCAAGUGGGUAUUUGCUGGCAAAUAUGUCACAUUUUUCCUCCAGUUAAGAUGUAAUAUUUGCUCAAGAUGCGAAGCCAGUUCAGCAUUAAACGUGGAGAGAAAGUGAAAUCUGACAUCUUUUUCCUUUGAAAAAAACUCAACAGUUGGGAGCUGAACAAGUGCAAGAGUUGGAGGGUUUGUGGGAAGGAUUAUGGCGCCAUCUACUGUCUGAUCGUGCACAAUGACAUGUUGCCACAGUUCACUGUUUCCAUGGGAAUCCAUCACUCAUCCAUCCAUCUGUGCUCAGAUUAGGAUAAAAGCUUGUGAUUUUAAGCACCUUUUGUGAAAAUGUGCAAAUCUCUGUGAGGAAAUAGACGUGCCAUAGGUCUCGCUCUUAAAAGUUGUUUCUCCGUGUAAUGUUCAAGAUUCAUAUUUUGUGAAUUUGUUUUUUUUUUGUAUUACUUUGUUUUCUGUUGAGUGUUGUAAUAUAUAAAUACUAUAUAACAGUUUUUAUUCAAGAAGAUAAAAAAAUAAGAAAAAAAAAGAGACAGUAAUCCUCAUGGUCCUAGCUUUUCCCCCAAAUCAACAUGUUCAUGUUUGUCUUGUUGACUUCACUAUGAAACAAACUUAGUGCUAUGGUGUUUUGUUGGUUUUUUUUCUUUCUGUGGUUGUUUUUUUUUUUUUUUUUAAUAUUUGGUGGGGUUUACUGGGUCCAAGUUGUAAUGGAAUGUCUGGUAUUUGCUUUUGUACUGCGUGUCAUCAUCAAUAUGCUAAAUUGGAAUUAAAUAUGAUAAAGUUUA